AUGUGUUAUCCUUUAAGACUACAGCCUGAACAAGAAAUAAGAACAUGUUUAUUAGAACAUAUCAAGACACACCAUCUUAAAGCAGCUUUUAUUCUUACUUGCGUUGGCAGUGUUACACAAGCCACCAUUAGAUUAGCUAAUGCAGAUGAGAUAAUUGAUAUAAAAGGACCAUUUGAGAUAGUUUCAUUGGUUGGAACAUUAAGUGGUGGAGAUGGUGGUCAUCUACACAUUUCACUGAGUGAUGUUGAAGGCAAGGUGAUUGGUGGUCAUGUUAUUGGGAAUCUUAUAGUGCACACCACAGCUGAAAUACUAAUUGGUGAAUGUAAACAUACAGAAUUUAAUAGAGAAAUGGACAGUCAAACUGGUUAUGAUGAACUGGUGGUUAAAUCUAGAUCAUAA